AUGUCAGCGCCGUAUCGAGCAAUCAUUCGAGUAGUGGAUAAGGCCGUUCCUGGGCGUUUCAAACCUCUUUGGGAACAUCCUGCUGGACCGAAAACGGUUUUUUUCUGGGCACCAACCUUUAAAUGGGCUCUCGUGAUAGCUGGAAUAUCAGACAUAACACGCCCUGUGGAGAAAGUUAGCACAUAUCAAAGCUGCGCUCUUGCGGCAACAGGAAUCAUCUGGUCACGUUAUUCCUUGGUAAUAAUCCCAAAGAACUGGAAUUUAUUUAGUGUGAAUGUUUUCCUCGCAAUUACUGGUUUAUUCCAACUCGGUCGAAAAUUUCCUCAGGUUCCUAUCCCGUAA